AUGCCAAUUAGUAGCAGCGCUGCUACUUUGGAAAAGAAAAAGCAGUUCAAACUACACUCUCAUGCGAAAAGCAUAGAUCAAAAUGACCGGCAAUCAGGGAAGAACCUUUUGAAAAUAGCCUCGGCUUUGCCCGCCAAAGACAAGCGUUGUUUGUUCAUCAGGUCACACAGUACACUAAAUGCAUCUGCAAUAACAAAAGUACAACACAAUGUGCCUGCUUUCAGCGAUUCAGUCACUGUUCGAACUCAUUCUGAUGGAUCCUUACAUGUAUCACGGCUACAAGAGGAGAAAGAAACACAACCAGACAGGAUAAGUUUAGACAGAAGAGGACUAGUUUCUGUUCCUAUAAUUGAUGGAGAACAUAAACUCAGAUUGUUAUCUUUGCAACAUAAUUUAGUUAGUAAUCUAGAAUCUUUAGGGAAGCAGUCUUUCCCCACUCUGGUAUUCUUAGAUUUGUAUGAUAACCAAUUAGAAAAGAUACAUUGUUUGGGUAAAUUGGAAAAUCUAAGGGUACUACUCCUGGGAAAGAACAGAAUUAAACAAAUUGAGGGUUUGAAGACACUUCCAAAACUUGAGGUUCUUGAUCUCCAUGGGAAUCAGAUAUCUCAAGUGGAUGGGCUCAAUAGUUCUACAGAACUGAAAGUUCUCAAUUUGGCUGGGAAUCAGUUGAAGGUAGUUAACAAUCAAGAUUUUCAAGGUCUUCAUUCCCUUCAAGAAUUGAAUUUAAGAAGAAAUAAACUGAAGAAAUUGCUGGGAUUUGCAGAAGUUCCAAACUUAGUGAAGCUGUUUGUCAGCAAUAAUGAUAUUCACUGUAUUGAAGAUAUAAGUAGUUUGGCAAAAUCGCCUAAUAUCAAAGAAAUCACCAUAGACAAUAAUCCCCUAUCUCUAGAGGGUGAAUGUGUUUCUUUCCUGGUAUCCUAUCUACCACUGCUGAUGAAACUCAACACAAUGCUUAUCACAGAACAGGUGCGCAAGUCUGCAAUGGCUUGGCGCAGAAACAAAGAAACGACGGACUCAACCUUCAUGAAUCUAGCCAGCGACGUUUCGCUCAACUGUCGCAGAGAAGAAGUCAUCUCUAACGCGAGGGUCAACUGGGAACUACUCAGAACACAAACCAAAUAUUUGACCAACACAGGAGGCAGCACGAUCGAAAAAACGUUGAAGAAUUUGAAGCCGGAUACGGAUUUCUUUUUGACUGGCGUGCUUAAGUCGACUGGGGGCAAGAUGCCGGUCAAAUCGAAAAUCACCGGGAUAAACAAGGUGCCCAUGUUACCCGACAAAAAAAUCCACCUGCCCCGCACCUCCUCCCAGGACACCGACACCUCCCAAAACACCUCGAACAGCUCCGGCGACCUGUUCAAACUACCGCCCAUCCUCGCGCCCAUCAUCGACAAGAUGGCGGGCAAAGAUGGCGGCGCUUCGAACGCCGACAGCUCGACGAACUCGUUGGCGAGCGGCAGCGCGGAUUCGUUGAGUUUCUGCAGCUCGAAGGAGUCCGAUUCCGAGACGGAUUCGGUUUCGGAUUUUGAUAAAGAGGGAGAGAAGGAGGCGUCAAAGAAAUUAGCUCAAAGUAACUCUUUACUGAAAACGGUGGACCUCGAGGACGCCGUAGCCAAAAAUUUCGGCACUGACGCUUCCAGCAUCCUGUCCGGAUCGACGACGAGCACCUCGAACCUCUCCAACCCCAGCAUACAGGGCGACAACAACAACAACAACGGUCGGAAGUCGGCCGGCGCGAGAACGAGGAGCGCCCUGUAUGGCAAACUGGCGCCGCCCCAUAGGGCGACUGCCGCCCGCGCCGCCACUGCCAAAGCGAAGAAGCAGGGGUCGCCUGCGCUGCCCAAAGAUAGGGAACAAGGUGGCGACUACUUGAUCGAAAUCAGCGGCAGACACUUGAACGUGUACGGACAGGGCGCGUUGCGGUUCAUCGACAAGCCGUGGAACGUCAGCAAGGCGCACGACGUCAACACCGUCAACUUCAACUACGUCAAUUUCAACAGCGUCGCCGGCGUUCUAUCGAAAAUCCGGCACCGGUUCCCCAACGUCGAUCACUUCACUUUCAAGGAGACCAACAUCGCCUAUUUGGGUCAGCUGAACGCCAUCGCGGAAGUGCAGGGAUUGACUUCCUUGGUGGUGGACGCUGAGGGGAAUUCGAUCUGCGGAAAGGAGUGGCAGAGUUACGCCGUCUACCGGUUGGCGCAUUGGGGACUCAAGUUCAUCAACAACAGAGAGAUAACGGAAGAUGAGGUGAAAGCGGCCAACGAGCAAUACCAAGGCCUGAGUGACCUGGUGCUGUGGUCGUUGCCCGACGUCCUCUUGCGACCUCUGCUCGUUCGGCUCCGGAUCGACGUCAACCGCGGCGCGGCCGAAGACGACGCCAAGAAAUGGUUGCUAUCCGCCGAUCCAGAACUGAGAAGGGUCGUCAGCAAGGAGACGUUGCAAUGGAAGAAGGCCUCCCUCGCACAGGAGGAUGCGGCGAUGCGUCAAAAGGCCAAAGUGAACAUCGCCGCUCUGCUCGACGAGAUGGCCGACUCGAUGAACAAAUUGGCCAUGUUGGAGCGAGACUGGCCGAAGAUAUUCCACGACUUUAUCCAAAACACUCUGCUCGACUACUCGCAAUUAGACAUUUACAUGAAGAAGAAAAUUCAAGAGUUGUAA